CGGGUACAUUUCGGCAUUUUGUCAGGAAACUUAACAGUGGUUAUGUGGAAAAUUUUGAUAAAAAGUUAGUUUUUGUACCUUAAAUUCUAUGGAAAAGUUCCUGUAAACCAAAACAAUGCCAGCUGCAAUAAUGGAGUGUCCAGACUUUAGCGAAUUUCAGGAAGCCUUGAAGACUAUGCGUAAAACCGACGAUAUUAUCGUAAACACAAUAAAUUCAGCGAUUCCAACGGAUUCGUUUCACGCCAACGAAAACGCAGCUUGCCAUUCGAUUUACGAACAAAUCCACCAGGGACACCAGAAGAGAGAGCAUCUUAUUAAAAAUUGCAUUUCUCUUACUAGCACUAACGUUAUGAGACUUAAAAACGAAAGAGAAAUUAAGGCUGAUGAUUUACAAUUGUCCAAAUCUUUAAGAACUGAGCAGACAAAAUUGAGAAUGCUCCAAGUAGAACUUUCAGUAGAAGAUCUUAUCAAGGAAAGAUCAAUGAAGGUCUUCAAUGAAAGAUGUAGAAGAUUCUUUAAGCCACAAUCAUGAUAUUUUCUUCAAUGAUUUGUAGUAGUAAAUUAUACAAUUUUAUAUUAUUAGAGAGAAAUAAAAACCAACUCAAUUCCAGUCAUUUUUUAAUCCUUAAAAUCAAAUUAAAUACAAAACACUUAACGCUUUCUGCGCAAUUGCAAUGAGUUCCUUCUGAGCCAGGCGGCCCUUCUGGAACCUCCCUUGGUCUGAGAGUAUCUGUGACCUUUGCCCAAUCCACGAGAUGAUCUGCCAGCAGAAGUCUUUCCUCUGAGUUCACGAUGUUUGUGAACAGCAUUGACAAUCCAGUUGAUUUUGGGAUCUCUUCUAAUUGC